GCGUCGCGAGUAAACGCCGCACAGGGGCCGGGAAGCGUGUGGGUGCUUGCCGUCUUCUUGGGACCGUCGUUGGUGAAACGGCAGUGCGGCCAUGGCAGAACUGCAGCCCGCAUCCAGCGGCCUCACUGACGAGGCUGCUCUCGGUUGUUGCUCCGACCCGGAUCCCAGCACCAAGGAUUUUCUGUUGCAGCAGACCAUGCUACGAAUUAAGGAUCCUAAGAAGUCAUUGGAUUUUUAUACUAGAAUUCUUGGGAUGACGCUACUCCAAAAAUUAGAUUUUCCCACUAUGAAAUUCUCACUCUAUUUCUUGGCUUAUGAGGAAAAAAAUGACAUCCCAAAAGAUAAAGAUGAAAAAGUAGCGUGGGUAUUCUCCAGGAAAGCUACCCUUGAACUGACACACAAUUGGGGCACGGAAGUUGAUGAGUCUCAGAGUUACCACAGCGGCAACUCAGACCCUCGAGGGUUCGGUCACAUUGGAAUCGCUGUUCCUGAUGUACAUGGUGCUUGUAAAAGAUUUGAAGAACUGGGAGUCAAAUUUGUGAAGAAGCCUGAUGAUGGUAAAAUGAAAGGCCUGGCAUUUAUUCAAGAUCCCGAUGGCUACUGGAUUGAAAUUUUGAAUCCUAACAAAAUGACAACUAUUAUUUAGUUCUGUGAGAAUACUGCUUUGCAAUUUCAGUGAAGACCUCGUGGGAGGUAAAAAAGGAAAUGGUGUGAUUCAAGAUAUUCAGAUAAUAGAAACAUCUAGGACUGAAGAAUUAUUGUCCCAAUUCAGAUUAUUCUGAAGUCCAUUCCCCUUUCCUAUUUCAGCUAUGUUUUUCACCUAACUGUUCAGUCAUUGUGGUUUUAAAGUAGUGCUUUGUCUUAUGUCCUUGAAUGUAGUUAAAUAACUUUGCUUUGUUAGGUAAUAAUUAGAACAGUAUCCUUCAGAGGCUGCAUUUGCCUUCUUUCUCCUAAAUGAUUUCUCUACAAGUCUGCCUUUGAAUCAUCAUUCUCAAAAAAAAAAAAAAAAAAUUAGCAAAUUUCCGUUGUGAUUACCUUCUGGGCUUUCAGUUUCUCAGAAAUAACUUUUCACAAUGAAAAGUAAAGAACACUGAACAAAAAUGAAACUUGAUGUAUAUUUCAAAUAGUAUAAAGUGUUUCUUUUACAAAAGAGAAGGUAGUCUUGGGAGCAAGUCAGAAUGAGACUGACAAGGAUGUUGAUAGAAAAACUAAUUUCUUCUUACUUACGAAGUACUUUCAGAGUUCAAGGACUAACCUCUUACUGGGUAUGCAGACACUGGGCGAGGCUGUCACAUACUGUGUCUCAUGUAAUCUUCCCAGCUGUCCUCUAUCCUGUGAGAAAGAAGGCCGACUAGACAUGUAAAGUAAGUUUAAUGAAUUAAGGCAAUAUAAAUAGGCUCAAGUACUUGAGAUCUGAUUCUCAUUUGUAGUAUUUAGAUUGUACUUCCAAAAUUAGUACCUCAUAAGACCCCCUCCACUCGCCCCUGCUGUGAAAACCUUCGGUGGGUUUGAACGUUGUCCUCUCAGCAGUAGGGGCUGAGCACCACGGAGAGGGCAGGAGCAGUGGAUGAAGUCUGCAGCACACAACUGUUCUGGGGACACCUGCUUAUUCCUGGGCAAGCCGUGCCUGUGUUACUCAUGAAGAGCCCCUACCCCAAGGUCUUCCUGAUGCCAGUAAACAUUUAGGAUAAAUGAUGUUCAGCAAUAGCAUUACUUAGUUAUCAGAAAUCAGCUCAGUGGUCUUCCUUGCCAUGAUUGAUUUUUGAUGAGUAUUAAAAAAUCAAACUGGUUUUGACAAUCUCAUGGUCCAGAGAAAUAAGAACACCCAGUUUGUGGCUUACCUAACAUUUAGAUUUUCUGUAGACUCUAGUGGAAGACCUUUGGAUAGGCUGUGCUGACUGUGCUUACGUUGCUGGAAGCACUUGACAUUUCCUUUUUGGAUGGAAUGCAUUAUGUGGGCAAUUCAAACAAAUAGCAGUACUUACAGACGAAAAUAAAAUAAAAUUUCAAAUAAGACUGUGUUUAAA